CUCUCACUCUCACUAACACUUCACUCAAUGUUUUUGUAAAUUAUAAACAAUUCAUUCAAUGAUAUGUUAAUCAUAUGAAUGGCAAUCAGUGUGUGAUUUAGUGGACAGUCAUGUCGUUAUCCAAACUCAUAACAAGACAUUCAUCUUAUAGUAUAUUUGCAAACAAAUACCACUCCAUUGGACACACGAAUCGCUUUUUAUGCCAUUUAGUGGUGAAUCGCAAUCACAUCUUAAGCCACAGCCGUAUCACCGAUUAUGUGAUCCACACGAAGAGGACAUUCAAACAGAGGGAUCGGUUCAGUCACGAGAAGGCAUUGAUAGGACUGCCCAGACAUCGCAUAUACCCCCAUAUCUGCAUACUCAUGAUGCUGACCAUGAUCUUUGAUUGGGGCAACAUUUGGGAGUAUUAUAUCCCCGACUAUAUCACGGAUCCAAUUGAAGUGAAGUGGUAUCAAAUCGGAAGAAUCAUCCAAAAGAUUUGUGGCGUUAAACGAGUCGAUGCCCUCUCGAUGGACAAGACCCACACCCAUGAGGACACUGUGACCGACAAAUCUGGCGGCAAAUCACAUAAGAAGGGGUUUCGCGACCGAAAGAUCAUUGAAUACGAAAAUCGUGUCCGUUUGUACAGUAACCCUGAUAAGAUAUUUCGAUAUUUUGCAUCUUUGAAGAUCAUAUAUGACUCAAACGAAAGCCAGAUCUUCAUGACACCGGAUGAUGUA